CAAUCCAAGCAUUCUCUGUCGUCCACCCUUAACUCCAUCCAACAUCCAUUUUCCUCCACCCGCUUUUUACCUUCGCCUGAUCGAUUCAUGGCGCUCAACUUCCUCCGCCCGGGCGCCCCCGGCGAGCAGCCGGUCGGCGUCCUCUUCGACGCUGCCUCUGUCGGCGAUCUUCGUCGCGUCCUCAACGGCCUCGCCUCUCAGUCCUACCUGCAGCGCUGCCUCUGCGACGGCCCGUGCGUCGCCGAGGACGUGGAGCAGAGGUCCUACCAGCUUGCCAACUUCGUGGUCGUCACAGGCAUUCUCGGCGUGACCCUCCUGGUCGUGCACAUGGAGUUCUCGGCGACGUUGUGCAGCUCGGCUGUGUUGCAUCCCGUGCUUGGAUGGAUGGUCUGGAUCACCAAAGGUCUUGACCGGUAGCACCCUGCAGUAUGGCCUUAAUAUAUUCCAUUUUUGUCUUA